CCAAGGUCUUGCCGCACUCAACAUCGCGUCUGUCCUCUUUGUCAUGCAAAACUGGCUGGACAGAGGACCGACCGCGCAUCCUCCUCCUCCUGAGGCUUCGUCAAUGGGACACUAAACAAAGGGUGCACUCUUUGUCUGGGCAGAUCCUUUUUCCGUUUCAGCCACCCAGAAGAGGCGAAUCGCAUGAAGAACAUGCUGCCAGAGAAGACUGCAGGGCCAGCACUGUCCUUCAGCAUGGAUGCAACAAAGCUUCAUUCCAGUGGUGGUUCAUUGGGUGGACCCAUUGUCCGUGGCACUCGCUCGAAGGCGGAGCUUCAGGAGUUAAUGGAGAGUUUACAGCGCAGGAAAUCCGCUCUGGAGGCCAGUUUGAAGGCCACUGCAGACCGUGGCUACCUCACCUUAUCCCCACCCCCUAGUCCCCAAUCAGCUUCCUCCUAUCUACAGGAGCGUCCCCCCCUUUCUAUCAGAGUCCCCUACCCUUACACGCCCACCAGCAGCCUAAGCAUGCCACCCUCCCCUCACCUGUCGGAGCGCCCCAUAAGUCCAGUCCCAAACCAACCUCGUGCACAACACCAAUCACAGGAUAGCCUGUUGCUUUGCCACUCUUCUGAAGUUCACCAUCCAAAUACUACCACCUCACUCCUCUCUAUGUGGAAUGGUUCCUCUUCCUCCUGCAUGACCGAUGCUCUUCCUCCAUCUCGCCGAGGUCCAAGCGGGGCAGCUAGCAUGCCCUCCAGCCCUCGCUUGGGACGUAGGCUGAUAUUGCGAGAGGGGGAGUCUGCCGUGGAACCAUCGCUCCGGCAGAGAAAAUACUCCACCGGCUCAUUAAAUGGCCUAAGUGGGCAUAGUCGUUCUUUGCCCAGGCUGUAUCGAGGGGAUGCUCCAAUGCUUUCUUUGCCACCACGCCGCACUACCAAGCCACGCUGCAGCCUUCCUUCAUUGGAGAAACCACCAGAUGUGACCGUGAUAGCCAACGUGCCUGGCAGUCCUCGCAGGGCCAGCCUCUGUUCCGUGGGCUCUGCGCCAUGUUUGGACCUGGGAGUUAGGGAAAGGCGGCUUUCGUUUGGUAAAGGAGGGCUGGGACCGGGCAUGGGGCAGAGGAGGGGCAGUAUCAGUUCGCUCAGUGGAAAAGAAGAGCUCAGAGAUUAUCAUCAGAGACAAAGAGAUGAGAGACUGAGAGAACAGGAAGUGGAAAGACUGGAGCGCCAACGCCUCGAGACCAUCCUUUGCCUGUGUUCUGAGCUGGGCCGCACUGAUCUCAGUCGGGUGGAGACCGACUCAGGCAUUUCGCCCAUUUCGGACCUGCAGAAGAUCAACCGAGAGCUGGAGAAGCUGCAGGUGUCUGAUGAUGAAUCUGUGUUCUCUGACUCAACUGCAGGAGUAUCUAUGGAUAGCGGAUUUUUGGGUAAGGCUCGUGGUGAGAUCCUGACUCAGAGACAGCGUAGACUCAGUGGACACAGGGAGACCAGACCUCAGUCACCCACCGCCAGCCUCCAGGGCUCAGUCCCCUCUCCUUCUCCACGCCUCUGCAGCAAGGUGUCUGAAGACAUGCAGCUGAGGCAGGAAGUGACACGUAUAGAAGAAGAGAGAAUUCAGGUGCUCAACAACAUUGAGGAACUGGAACAGAAGAUAAGAGAUCUAGACACACAGAUGGACGAGUCCAUUAGAGAGAUGGAGGUAGAGAGGGCUCUCUUGGAUGGUGAGCAAGAGGCAGAGGUGGCUCAACUACAGAAUGAUAAGGAAAUGCUGGAGCAGCUCAAUGAAAAACUGGGCAACAUGGAGAAACAUGUUCAAACCAAACAAACUCAGGACAAAGCCCUGUUGGAGGCUCAGAGAGUUAAAGUAGAGAGGCUAGCUGAGAUGAUCUCAGAACAGAAGAUCCAGUUGGACACCUGUCCUGAAGCACUGAAGGAGCUGCUCCAAAAUCAGAUAUCCAGGGACACUGAAGCCUUGGAAGCCGAGGCAAAGCGUUUUGAAGAUCUGGAGUUUCAGCAGCUGGAAAAAGAGAGCCGACAAGAUGAAGAGAAAGAGUCACAGACGCAGCAGCUGCUUAGAGAGAUCGCAGAAUAUCAAAGAUCUGUUGUCACUCGAAAGGAAAGGCUGCUUACCCUGAAGAAGCAGUCGACCCAGAUAACCCAGCAGGCACAGCGGGAAAAGGAAAACUUCUUGAAGGAGAAGAGCAACAUCAUUUAUAUGCUGCAGAGGGAACGCGAGAACAUAACGUCUUUGGAAAGGAAGUACUCUGAGCUGACAGGUGGUCAGGCCUUCCCCCUUAACCCUGUGUCCAUGAAGGAGCAUUUUCGCUCUCUGGACGAGAGGAGGCGGAGCAAUGGCAGUAAGGAGGGCGGAGCUCUGCUGAGUGACAGCGUAGUGUCCCGUAAGGGAGAGAGGCAGAGUUCCAGGACCAUAAGCAACUCUACACUUAGUCGCAGUCUAUCUCCCAAGCCCCAUAUGCCACUGUCACAAAGCUCUAGCUGUGGUACUGUACUCCCCCGCACUCUGUCGGUCACCUCCCGUGACCUCGACACCCGCCGACUGAUCAAGGCAGGUCAGCUGUAUCUUAAUGAAGAUAGGCAGAGACUGAGUGAGAUGUCCAACAGGGCGGUUUCUGAAUCAAUUGUGUACCUGGAGCCGUUCCAUUACCUGGAUAAUGGACACAACUUUGACACACUGAGCGUGGACAGUUCAGAAAGCCUGGAGACCAGCAUUUCAGCCUGUACACCAGCCAACAUUUCCAGUGCCAGCACAGCUAAUAUGGCUAAGAUAGAGGAGAUGGAACGCAUGCUCAGAGAAGCCCAGGCUGAGAAGAACCGACUACUGGAGCACAGGGAGCGAGAGAUGGAGUUGCGCAGGCAGGCUUUUGAGGACGAGAGGAGAAGAAGGGAAGAGUUAGAGAGGAGACUGCAAGAGGAGACGAAUAGACGGCAGAAACUAGUGGAGAGAGAGUCUUGUCCAUUAACACGGUACCUGCCAGUGAGAAAGGAUGACUUUGACCUGAGAGGUCACAUCGAGGCGGCUGGUCACCAUCCUGAAACUUGUUUUCACUUGGCCAUUACCGAGAAGACCUGCAGGGGGUUCCUGGUUAAAAUGGGCGGGAAAAUUAAAACCUGGAAGAAGCGCUGGUUCGUUUUUGACCGCAAUCGCAGGACGUUGGCAUAUUAUGCUGAUAAACAUGAAACCAAAAUGAAAGGUGUGAUCUAUUUCCAAGCCAUAGAGGAAGUGUAUUAUGACCACCUAAAGAACGCACACAAGAGCCCAAACCCCUCCCUGACAUUCAGUGUAAAGACACAUGACCGGGUUUAUUACAUGGUGGCUCCAUCUCCAGAGACCAUGAGAAUCUGGAUGGAUGUCAUAGUCACGGGAGCGGAGGGAUAUACACACUUCCUGGUCUGAGCAUAUUUGUUAAAAGACAUUUAACAAGCCCAAAGUGACCUUCAUAGUUCAGCCCUGCCUGCUGAAAGAGUCCUGGUACAGCACUACAAACAUUCUGAAGAGGUUCCUUUAAUAAACAAUUCUCUUUUAUAAGUACUGGUCAUCAAAUCAGCAGUGCAGAUUUGCAGUCGUCCGGGAUGUAAAGUGCUUUACCCACCAUCUCAUGUAUGGGAUUUGAGAGGCAGCUUUCAGAUUUCAAAAGUACCAUACAACAGCUCAAUUUUUAUAUUUUUCUUUUGCCAUAUUCUGCCCCAUUUUCACCACUUCCAAAGUUGAGACUCAGGACAGCACUCUGUAAAUGUAGGAAAUCACUCUCAUGGUCUCUACAACAAUUCUGCACACUUGCAAACUCUUAAUGAAGCUUUGACCUGGAUAUACCUCAAAGAAAUAAUGAAUCACAUUUUUCAUCGUUCAUGAAAAUGAGACACCAAAGACAAAAAAACUUCUGAUGUGCCAUACGGACUAAAAAACCAUAUCAGUACUGUGGUCAGGGUAUUGUUCAGCAGUGUUUAGCAGUAUUAAGCUGUAUCUCCUGCUACUUGAAAUAUAUAUUUUUUAAUCUUUAAAAUACAUUGUAUUAGUUUUUAUAUGUUUAUUUUAUAUUCGUCUCUCUUUUUCUAAAGUGCCUUAUUGAGCAUGUGUAGUGAAUCGCUGGCUAAAUAUUAAGCUAUUUACUUGGCACAGAUUUGUAGAGCGAUUAAAAAGGACUGUGGUUAUUAGUGCUAUUUUUUUUAUGUACCAAUUGCGCCUCUGUUACGGGAGCCAGCUGGUAUGUGAUAGCUGUGCAGUGUGUGUAAACCUCACUCCCCUGGGCUCAAGUUGCGCACUAGUGACUGACACUAAAGGCUGUAGCCUUAAGCCUCCUCGUUAGCGUGCCUGCCUCCCAUGCCAGAGAUGCCGGUUUGAAUACCACUCUGAGAAAAUUCCAGAUUGAAGCGCACCCUUACAAAACUCUAUAGAGUUCUGAUAAUUUAUUGUUUUACUGAUACGAUAACUGAUUAAUUUCACAUGAAAAUGAGCUUUGCAGCAAAACUUGUUGCCACAGAAGUGUUUGCCAGAAGCGGCAAAUUGUCCAUUGUUGCCAAAGGUUUGCUGCUGCUGGUUCACCACUACUGGUGAAGAGCUGCAACACUCUGGCAAACAUUUACGGCAAAUCGCAAGCUCAUCUGCACGUGAAAAUAAUGAGUGGAAAAUUUGCGGCAAGUUUGCAGCUAGUUUGUGGGAAGUUUGCAGGAAAUCUAUAUUUUUUGAAAGAGUAUAGCACACCAAAGACAAGAGUUGCGUACCAAAACGCACACCCCUGCACUAUGCCGUUUUGUAGUGCAAGUGGUGCGAGUAGUAUGUUAACUGAAAAUGCAACAAAAGAAGUGUACUAUGAGUACCCGAAUAAUGCACUUCUUUAACCGUCAAAAUGGAGUGUGGAAUGUCUUCAUGCACUCAACGGUCGCAGCUUGGCGGUUACCUGGCUGAGAUGCUGGUCUAAUUAAACAAUUGUAAAUAAUAGAGAAUGUGGCAACAAGCAAAACUUCAGUGAAGACAGCACCUUACAAAUGUGAGUGAAAUGCUUUACAAUCACCCCAAAUAUGUACGUUGUUUGAGAUACAAGUGUUAACUGAAGUUGGCUAAUGCGCUAAAGCUAGCGGCAACACAUCACAUGCGUUUGAAACGUCACUUCCGUCAGCUGUUAAAAGCGAAUGCUUCCGUGUAGUAAAAAAAUGUUAAGUGUUCCCUUUUGGAUGAUACUACACUUUGAAAAUUGAUACACUACUUGGCUGAGUGCAGAGUCUAUAGUCAGGGGCGGAUUAUGACUAGCAAGGCCCGGGGCCAAUUUUCUUUUAGGGCCAUGUUAAUACUUGUUCUGUUAUUUACAGUCAGAUUAAUUCAAACACAGCACAGAUGUUGUGAAGAAUCCGCUCAACCGAAACAGCCUGAACAGCCACUGUUCUUAAAGACACAGUACCAUUUUAACAUUUGUUAUACAUAAUGUAAAUACUACAAAUUAUGCACACAAAAAAACAAAAAUGUAACAAAAUGUGUGACAAAUGUGUAAACGAGCAUAUAUUUAAAGGGGCAAUAAUACAUUAUGAAAUAUUUUAACUUCAUUAAACACUUUAAAUAUUGAAGAAUUUAACAAAUAGACUCCUACGGCAUCUACGCAUUGGUUUGGUGAAACUUGGCAAAGAGUUCACACAUUUCUGGCUCGCGCUGCCAUGUCUUUUCUAACUCAUCAGAAUAAUAGUGUGCAUUCCAUUCAGAAGUGAUCAUCCCUAUACCCUAUUUCCUUCAAAGCUUUUACCCUCCAUUGUGAAAGCUUCGAUGGGCUGAAAGGUGUGGGGCUCAAAAAUAGUGGUCAUUUGGUAAUUCUACUGGAAAUUCUGUUUGGAACGACACUACAGCUUGGCUACCAUUAUUAUUCUAUCAUCAAAAAAGCCCUGUGAAGACAUAAUUUAAGCCAAAAUCCCCUAGACUACAUUACACUGACAGAAUGUUUAAAUGAGCUACGAGUCUGUUUUUGAAUGUUUGUGAUUUCAAACUUCAUCUGUCAAAACGUACACACAAGCCCUUUAAUCUGCUUUAAGAUACUCUCUUCUUUCUUUCUUUGUACUCUCAGAACUUUUGUCCCACAAAAAUAAAAUAUCAAUAUCUUCUUUUUCCCAACCACCUAACCCAAGUUAUUGGGGCCCUCACAGUCACAGGGACCUGUUGAGGGGGCCUUGAAUAAGCUAAGGGGCCCACAUAUUUUCAAAGUUGAUGGGCCGUGAGGCUUUGCAGCCUAGGGCCCUCCCAGGCCCCUGGUAGUCAAGGGCCCCUGGGUACUGGCCCCAUUGGCCCAAUCCGUAAUUCAUCUAUGCCUAUUGUGUAAGUGCAUAGUGUAAAGUGCGUCAUUUGCGACACAGGUAAGCUGAAUUUGUAUUACAGUGAUAUGAGUGUCACUGGUGUCAUUUAAAUGUAACUGAAUUGGAUUUCUUACAGUUUAAUUAAAAGUUUAAUUUCUUCAGCUUAAUCCACAACAUCCACACCAUUCCGUUUUCAAUUUCCUAACAUUAUCGCUUUCCAAUGUAUGUAGUCAUGGAGAGUGUUUUCGAUACGCUCAAUUUUCGGUGAAAGAAAAUGCUUUUCUAUUGUGGAUGAGAGGUGUAAAUGUAGCCAAAUUAAUGUGUGGAUGUGGCCUUGUCAUUAAGAAGAAUCUUCAAGCUAGAUUGAUUGACCGAGCUCUCUGUAAUAGUUUGCAAUGACAGUAUAGUACUACAACUAACCAGCAGAGGGCUGCUAGAGACACUAGAAUGGUACUUUUGUGAUUGCAGAUUUUAUUAAUUCUCCAUGCAAUGCCAAGAAUCUUGUUUGACCCCAUGUUGAACACUUUGUUUUUAAUAGUUUGUUUGCCAAAGAAACAAUAUGCAUGUCACUAUGGAAGCCCAGGAGUGCCAUUUACAAAAGAAUGAAGGAAUAAAUGAUCAAUCUAUUAAUUUGAAAAUAAAAAUGUGAAUAAAUAAACCGAUUUUAUAAAUAGACAAAUAAAUGUUAUUAUAUUUAACAAUAAAACUGUGCAUUAAUAAAUCAUAUUUAAAUGCACCUUUUUAAAUUGUGUUUUAAAAAGCAUUUGGCAAUUGCUUUUCUUCAUCCAUUUGCCAGCUGCUUUUCUUUAUUGUUUGACUUUUCCUUUUUUUCUUUUUUUUUUUUUUUUUUACCAUUUGUCAACUCAUACCAGCUGAUGCCCAGGAGUGCCAAUUAAAAAAGAAUGAAGGAAUAAAUUAUCAAUCGAUUAAUUUGAAAAUGAAAACUUGAAUAAAUAAAUCAAUUUUGUCAUUAUAUUUAACAAUAAAAUUGUGUAAGAUGGCCUGUCACUGGACGACGGCACGAACAGUUUACGUGAUAUUAUUGGAUUUGUGAAUCCCACGUACAAGAAACGGAUGAAAAACAUAUUAAUGGUGGUUGGUUCACUAUUGUUGUGAAAUACUGAACGCGGCCCUACCUGAGCGUGCACAGUUAUAUGUGUCCGGUUUGGAGCUGGUAAUCGUGAUGCUGUGAACAGAACCAGCCUUCCGACCUGCGCCCCGAACUGAAACACGCGACGGAGGUGAGCAAGGGCAACGGCAUGAGUCACUGGAGAAAACUGAUGGACUUUCCAGAACUUAUACUAAAGAAAACACACAUCCCUUUUCAGUGAUAUAACAUUCAUAAAAUAAUAAUAACAAACACUGUAUAAUCAUCUUUAAAUAUUAUUUUUUUAUUACAAUAAUUGCCGAAUGACGGUCAGCUGAUGAUACAGAGAAGGUAGCGAGCACACUUUUGUGGAAUAAAUGGUAGUGUUUAAACUAAUGUUGUGUAUUAUGAAAGUGUCUCUUUCAAAUGAAAGUUUAUAUAUAUAUAUAUAUAUAUUUUGUGUACAUUGUGUAUUUACUGUGUGUACAGCUCCUGUCAGUCAAUAAACAUCUUUAUGAAGAUGAGCACAAAAAAAGAUUAAGCACAAACUUUAUUUGCAACAUUAUAAACAUAUAUACACAGCUGGUUGGUGAGGGAAAAAAAAAAAACAUUUUACGUUUCAUUUGAAAGAGACACUUUCAUAAUACACAUAAUAAUACACAACAUUAGUUUAAACACUACCAUUUGUUCCAAAAAAGUGUGCUCGAUUGCCCUCUCUGUAUCAUCAGCUGUCAUUCCAACAGUCCACCUUUUCUCGAUUAAUAAUCUCAUUAAUGUACUCAUUUAUUACUACAUUUAAUGACAAUUUAAACAUGAAAUAAAUCUGAUUUAUUAAUGGACAAUUUUAUUGUUAAAUAUAAUUACAUUUUUAAACAUUAAUUAAAUAAACACAUUUAAAUGGGUCUUUUUAUUUGUCCAUUUAUAAAUUGAUUUAUUUAUUCAAGUUUUUAUUUUCAAAUUAAUUGAUUGAUAAUUUAUUCCUUCACUUUUUUUUAAUUGGCACUCCUGGGCAUCAGCUGGUAUGAAUUGACAAAUGGUAAAAGAAAAGGAAAAGUCAAACAAUAAAGAAAAGCAGCUGGCAAAUGGAUCAAGAAAAGCAAUUGCCAAAUGCUUUUUAAAACACAAUUUAAAAGGGUGCAUUUAAAUAUGAUUUAUUAAUGCACAAUUUUAUUGUUAAAUAUAAUGACAUUUUUAAAACAUUAAAUAAACACAUUUAAAUGUGUCUAUUUGUACAUUUUUAAAUUGGUUUAUUUAUUCAUAUUAAAAUGUGUCUAUUUAUUUGUCUAUUUAUAAAUUGGUUUAUUUAUUCACAUUUUUAUUUUCAAAUUAAUAGAUUGAUAAUUUAUUCCUACAUUCUUUUGUAAAUGGCACUCCUGGGCUUCCAUAUGUCUCAGCUUACAAUUGUGUAUAUGAUAUUAUUUUUUUGAGAAUUUAGCAAUCAGGAUAAUUUCAUUUAUCAGAUUUAGAGUAAUAAUACAGGAAUGAUGUGAAUAUUGGUAUCAAGAUUAAAUGUCUGAAAGUUUUCUUGUAAAAAGAGACGAUAAAGGCACAGGUGCUAUCUGACAGCAAAACAUGUGGAGUGUUGUCUACGGAGACCAAAUUGUAAUCAUUUAAAAAAUGAAAAUUCUCUCAUCAUUUACUCACCCUCAUGCCAUCCCGGAUGUGGAAGACUUUCUUUCUUCUGCAGAACACAAACAAAGAUUUUUAGAAAAUUAUCUCAGCAAGUCAGCAAACACAUAAUCCAUCAAACUCCAAUGGUUAAAUCUAUGUCUUCUGAAGUGAUCCAGGUUUUGGGUGAGAACAGACCAAAAUGUAACUAAUUUUUCACUGUACAUCUUGACAGCAGUCUCCUUGGUGAUCAUGAUUUCAAGCUCGAUUACACUUCAUAUAGCGCCAUCUAGCGCUCUGCAUGCGUCAAGCAUUAGGAAGUGUAAUUGAGCUUGAAGUCAUGAUCGUGCCUUGAGACUGAAAAGGCAAGAUGUACGGUGAAAAAAGGAGUUAUAUUUUGGUCUGUUCUCACACAAAACCAACUGGAUCACUUCAGAAGACAUGGAUUAAACCACUGGAGUCUUAUGGAUUAACUUUAUGCUGACUUUAUUUCCUUUUUGAAGCCACGAUUCACUUGCAUUGUAUGGAUCUACAGAGCUGAGAUAUUCUUCUAAAAAUAUUUGUUUGUGUUCUGCAGAAGAAAGAAAGUCAUACACAUCUGGGAUGGCAUGAGGGUGAGCAAAUGAUCAGAAAUGUUUUUUUUUUUUUUUUGGGGGGAGAACUAUCCUUUUAAAUAUUCAGCGGACAGCAUUUUUGGCAAAUACUUUAAUAUUUUUGCCAAAGUAUGUAGGCUGUGAAAUGCAAGAAUUUUGGUUGACCAACCAAUAGAUCAAUACCUCUAAAUUGGUGCACUGCAAGGGUGAUAGCAGGUCUUUUGUGGGUAAAUUUAGGAAUACUAAGAGUAAAGAUCAGCAUGUUGUUGAAAUAAGCACAGUGUGACAGAACAAUAUUCAAGACCUAUCCCCAGAUACUGGAUAUUUCUUUCAGCUUUAGCAGAAUUCCAUUUUAAGCAUGCUUGCACCUGCACAAGUGUUAGGCUAUAUAAAUCACAGUAGCAUACUUAAUAAUAAUGAGCUAUUUAAAAUGUACCUUGAUACUUUUGUAUUUUGUACUUUUUUUAACCCAUUCAGUGUUUUUGAGACAAAAGCAAUACAUUAUUGUAAGCAUGUUUUUAAGCUCAUUAAAAUUGUGAACUGAAAAAAAUCUAUGUAUGAGUAAAACAAAUACUUUUUUAAUUUUAUUUAAUUAUAUUUGUGUAUUGUGAUAACAAUGACUGAUAACAUUGAACUGAGUGUUUGUUUGUCUUUAUGCAUCACUUGUUGAUGAUUAUGAUGAAUAACUGCAGCAUAUGGCUAUAAAAUGCAAC